AUGUCAAAGGUUACGAGGCCCGGCAGUAACCAGGGAGACGGCGGCAGCGUAGGCGGCGCUGCACGCGGAACGGUCCAUUCUGGCGCAGCCACAGGUGUCGCGCAGUGGGCGGCGGCCGGGGGGCGGCGCCGCCCUUCCAGCGCCCUUGCUCCCGAGGGCCCACUGCCCCGGACGCGGGUGAAAGCCGUGUCUCAGGGUCAAGGCAGCCUCCGGCCCGGGGGCGGGGGCGGGCGCGGACCCCCAGGGAGGCGAGGGGAGUCCGCCCGAGCGAAGAGGCCGCCUCCACGCCCGGGGGUGCCGGCAGGUGGAGCACGGCCCGGCCGGCGUGUGGGCGUCGAGCCAGGGCGUGGCUGCCGGCUGAGCGUGUCUGGGAGGCCCAGCCUGUGUCGGCUGCGGCAGGCGCAGACGCUGCCGCGCUAUCAGCGCCGGCGCCGGCGGAUGCGCUAA